GGUCACACAGCUAGGAUGUGUCUGAUGUCAGAUUUGAACCCAGGACCUCUUGUCUCCAGGCUGGGCACUCUACCCACUGAACCACCUAGCUGCCCAUGUGUUUUACUUUUAUGUCAGUGGAAUAGGUCCUUGUCUGUAGUCAGUCCUGAAUAAGCACCAUUAUUGGAUGGAUGGAUGGAUCUAGUCCAAAUCCCUAAUUUUAUAAAUAGUGCCCAGGAAGACUAUGUGGCUUGCCUAACUAAGAACUAGAAUCUAGGACUUCCUUACUCCUAGUCUUGUAUUCUUGCCCCUUAUGUAUCCAGCCUCAGCUUGUCAGGUCUACAUAUCAGGAUGAAUGUAAAGAAAUCCCUUGAUGGGCUGGAUGUAACAGAAAAAGAGACUCUUGCUAAUUGCCAUUUGCUGUACAGCUAAUGAUCAAAUAUCCACAGCAGACGGACUGAGUCACAUAAUUUUUGUUGGGAACCAUCCCCUUACUUGCCAAUAGGUCACAUAUGAUACCAUAAACCCCAGAACAAUUUGUUCCUGUUUCCCAGAGUGUCACAAGAAGAGGAAUGCACCAUUUCUCUAGGGAAAUCCUCUCUAGCUUUUGCCUUCCUUCUUAGGCAAAACAACAUCUACAAGAAAUCCUUCCUUCUAUCAAAGCAGCCAUGAGGGCAAGAAGAAUCGUUGAAGUCUGUUAUAUGAGCCACAAAUAAGGGCAGGGUUAGAUGCAUCUUGUUGCUGACCUUACUCUUAGAAACUGCUUCUCAUGGGAUCAUAGAUCCAGAAUUAAGAGGGACUUUAGAAGACAUCCAAUCCAACCAUUUCAUUUUUUACAAAGGAAGAAACUGAGGUCCAUGGAGGUUCAGUGACUUGGCCAAGGUCACACAGGACGUGGGUGUCCUCCACCUGAUGGCAAGGUCAAAGAUGUGGUCCAGCUAACUACACAAGGUUGAGUGCUGGACAGCUUGUUGGGAAGGGAAGGAGCUCCCAGAGCCCUUCCUUCCCUCUCCCCUAAUCCAUCCCCAUGGAAAAAGGACAUUUUUGGCCCCAAGAUACUCGGGAUCUUCUACACAGGCUGAGAAUGAGGAGCAAAUAUGCUCUUUUCCUGUUGUUUGUGGUUAUUGUUUUUGUCUUCAUUGAGAAAGAAAACAAAAUCAUAUCAAGGGUCUCCGACAAGCUAAAGCAAAUCCCACAAUCCCUACUGGAUGCCAACAGCACCGACCCAGCCCUGAUCCUAUCAGAAAACGCGUCCCUCCUGUCCCUGAGCGAACUGGAUUCUUCCUUCUCCCAGCUUCAACAACGGCUCCGGAACAUCACGCUGCAGCUGGGCGGGGAGUCCGAGGAGCUGCCCCUGGGCCCGCGCCGGCACAUCCUUCUGAUGGCCACCACCAGGACGGGCUCCUCCUUCGUGGGGGAGUUCUUUAACCAACAAGGCAACAUCUUCUACCUCUUUGAACCUCUGUGGCACAUCGAGAGGACGGUGACUUUUGAACCCGGAGGGGCCAAUGCGGCCGGCUCGGCGCUGGUCUACCGCGAUGUGCUGAAGCAGCUGUUCCUCUGUGACCUCUACAUCCUGGAGCACUUCAUCACGCCGUUCCCCGAGGACCACUUGACUCAGUUCAUGUUCCGCAGAGGGUCGAGCCGCUCGCUCUGCGAGGAGCCCGUCUGCACGCCCGUCGUCAAGAAGGUCUUCGAGAAGUACCAUUGCAAGAACCGCCGCUGCGGACCCCUCAACCUAACCCUGGCCACGGACGCCUGCCGGCGCAAAGAGCACAUGGCCCUCAAAGCCGUGCGCAUCCGGCAGCUGGAGUUCCUGCGCCCCCUGGUGGAAGACCCCCGCCUGGACAUGCGCAUCAUCCAGCUGGUCCGGGACCCCCGGGCUGUGCAGGCAUCCCGCAUGGUGGCCUUCUCCGGCAAGUACGAGAGCUGGAAGAAGUGGGUGGCGGAGGGAGAGGCCUCCCUGCGGGAGGAUGAGGUCCAGAGGCUUCGGGGGAACUGCGAGAGCAUCCGCCUCUCGGCUGAGCUGGGCCUGAGCCAGCCCUCCUGGCUCCGGGGGCGCUACAUGCUGGUCCGCUACGAGGAUGUGGCCCGGCUGCCUCUGCAGAAGGCCCGCGAGAUGUACCGCUUUGCGGGGAUCACCCUCACCCCGCAGGUGGAGGACUGGAUCCGGAAGAACACCCAGGCCUCGAGGGACGGCAGCGGCAUCUACUCUACCCAGAAGAACUCCUCGGAGCAGUUUGACAAAUGGCGCCUCAGCAUCCCCUUCAAGCUGGCCCAGGUGGUCCAGAGGGCCUGUGGCCCCGCCAUGCAGCUCUUUGGCUACAAGCUGGCCCCGGACCCAGCCACCCUCAUGAAUCGCUCCAUCAGUCUGCUGGAGGACCGGGGCAUCUUCUGGGUGACGUAAAUGGCCCAGGGGGACUGGAUCCGGAGCCUCGACCUCUCCCUGCCCCGCCCCCACCACACAGAACCGCGGAGAAGUCGGAGCAAUGACAGAGCCUCAGGAGGGUGGCGGGUGGGCACGUGGUGGCGAGGGUCACACUGUAAGAAGUUCAAUGAGCCAGGCAGUCCUUCUUGCUAGAGUAGUAGGCCUUAUCCCCUCCCACUCACCUCUUUCCUCUUCAUCCUUUUGCCACCAAGAUUUCCUAGAGCAGAAAGAGCCCAGGGCAGGCCCCCUACCCGCUUCUGGGACUCCCCAACCUCCAUCUCCAAGGAUGAAUUCUCCCCUGGAGGCUCCGAGGCCAGACGGGGCCUGUCCAGGGCCUGUCCGUGUCCUGACUUCAUUUUCAUACACUGAGAACGUCCUCUGCCUCCAGCCUCCUCAUCCCCGUCUUCAUACAAGUGCCUGCCUCUCUCUACAGGGUCCUUCUGUGCUAAAUACCCAGAGGCCUUUCCUCAUUUUUAUUACAGUUGUUGCGGAGGAAAGACCUAGCAGGAACACAGAGUCACAGCCUGGGUUACCAGAUGCUGGCCUGGGAUCAGACCAUUAACUACCGAGCCUUGUUUUCAGGGAAAAACUCUGAGGGAGGCCCUUUUUUCUUCCUGGUUCUCACUACCUCCUCUAAGCCAUAAGUUUCCUCACUUUUGUGGCAAAUGGGCUGUGUUCAAGGGACUUUGGACAAACCCUCAUCCAGCUUAUUUAUGACAUCCCCUUCCUCUAAGGGCUCUAUCCAAACUCAUUUGGCUCCGGGAGAGCCUCUCUCUCCUUGAUGGAUGUCCAGACUUUCCUAUGGAAGGCAUGAUCAAAGCUUGGCCUAAGGGGGACAGAUAAAAGGCUCUGCUAGAUGGAUAAAUCUUAAAACAAACAAGCAAAAACAACAAAACCCCAACAACAUAGGAUAGGGAGGGAAGGUACAAAGCACACUCAGGGGAGAAGGGGGAGCAGGACAGCCUAAAGCCUCUGUUUCUUUCUAGAAGACACUGGCUUUUUCCUUGCCCAAAUUCAGACCACAAAUUAGCCAUCAAGGCGACAGUCUGGAAGCCCCAUUCCUCCGUCACUCCCCUGAGGAUUUGGGGGAGAAAAAUUACUCAACUUGAUUGAGAACCAUUAUUUAGGGGUUUUAUGGUUUGGCUUCUUUAUUUUCCCCUCAGCAAAGAGUAUUGUUAGAGGUUGUUGGUAGAGAAGGCAGUUGGGGGAGACUUGAAGGAACUAUUUGCUGGGGUUUCCCUUUUACCCAGGGAGCAGGAGCCAUUGCUACAGGGGGUCCCCAGAAACAAAAGAGGCAGCUGGAGUUCAUUUGAGUCUGUUCAGUCCUCCCUUCCUCCCAUCACCAGUCCAGAUUUUUAGACGACAUCCAUUAUCCCUUUUUGCUUUUCUGAGGUCAUAGGGUGUUUCCCCUCCUCCUUGGAGAGGUACCCUGGCCUCAAGAUGCCAUUUCCAUGCACAUGUCUUGCUUUUAAAGACAACAUCCAGGACAAGCUCCCUCUGUCCCCUCCAGGGUCAGGGCCUAGAAAUUAACACCAAAAAUAGUUGUCUACGUGGUUAAUUAACUCCACCAGCAUUUAUUAAAGUGCCUUUCAGUUGCUAAAGCUCUAUACCAGGUCCUGGGCAUCCAAACAAAAGUCAGUGCCUGCCCUCCUGGAGCUUACAUUCUCAUGGGCAAUUCAGCCUAUACAAGACAUCUGGUCAUCCCAGGCCAGCAUGUUUGGCGAGAGAAGGGUGGCAUUCUAUUGUGGGACUGGUCAUAGCUCAGGGGAACAGGGAAGAAACAUCCCUAAAGGCAGUCAGGAUGCAGAGCGUCCAGAAGAAUGAUGGAGUCAUCCUUGUUUGUGGGCUAUUUCAAUUGGUGGGAGUCAUGGUCACAUCUGGAUGUCUCUGAUUCUUGAUUUUGAAUUCCAUUUAUGGGCAGUGCAAGAAUUUGACUCAAACACCCUCCCCCAGUAGAGAGAUCUUCAGUUUGAAUAGACUGGACUGGGACACGGAGAACCCAGUAACGAUAUCUGGGAGCCUCUUCCCACCUUAGGAUGUGGUGUUGUUGAAGACAUCUCUGGCAGGUCCAGAAAUGUUUUGUUAUUAUUGUUGUUUUUCUAAUGAGGAGACUACUUCCCCCUCUCCCCUAUCCCCAUCCCUUCUUUACCUCCUGGUUCCCCAGAGUGGGAAGAUACCAGCUCUAGCCAGUACCAGGCAACAGGCAUCAAGGAGUGAUGGGGGAGCCAUCGCCUCUACUCCCAGUGUGGCCUUCUGGGAGCUCCCUGCUCCUCACAUCUGCCUUCCCCCUCCUCCCACCAGAGAUUUUUGGAGAACUCUAUUAAGAAUGAACUUGGGAGGGAAGGGUUUCCUAUCUUUGGAAUAUUGUUCGCUGCAAAUUGAAUUAAUUUAUUUAUUUUGUGAAGAGAUGAAAAAUAAAAAAAAUAGUUUAUUUGCAGGGA